GACACAGGCUGUUGGAACUUGGAACGCUAUGUUCCACCACGCUCCGCAAGUGAACAGCGAGUGCAUGAGGAGGCUCAUGCGUGCUUCCCGUGGUCGUGAGCGAAGCGUAUCUGUACUGUAAAGGCGUGGCUGACAAUCCAUUUAGCCACAUGCAUGCCGAGAUUCUGAAUGAUUUCCGCCAACUUCUAAGCAUAUAGUACCACGUGAAGCAAUGGAGUACACGGGAAUGUUUUUAUUUGCCAUUCGCAACAGCCUCUUCACGGUAAACUGGACAUAGGAUUACAAUCAUCUCCUGUCACUCGCUGCUCGUCAAUCAGCGGUACGAAUCGAGUUCCACCAAGUUAGCAGCCUUCGCAGUCCUCUCCUCAGAUUUCGAGCUGCGCACGGGAAGCAGAACCAUGGACGACCCAACGCCUGGAGUCGCCAAGAGGGCAGGGCUCGCGUCGUAUGGUCGCAGCGUGAGUGCGAAGGAAGCCAGCGUCGUCCUUACGCCGCCGCCUGCGACAAUGACGCCGUCCGCGACAACCCCUACGACGACUCUUCCUAUGCGUCGCAAUCAUACCUUCGGCGACCUGAACGACGCGUCUGCGACAACUUAUAGCAUACCUCGCAAUCAUACCUUCGGCGACCUGAGCGACGCGUCUGCGACAACUCAUCGCAUGCGUCGCAAUUAUACCUUCGGCGACCUGAACGACGCUUACGGCGACGCAGCUCCAGCUGCCGCCGUCGACUUCCGAGCCUGGCUCGCGGACCAGGUUCGGUUCAGCCAGAGCCUUCGCAUCCCCGAGCCUCCGCAGAAGGCCUGGUUAAUUGACAAGCUAGGUCCGCUGAAGGCGCUCGCGCGUGUGGGAAUGAAAAAGGCGACCUGUACAUUCGCGAUGCACGUUCAUGGAGCCGACGAUCUUCCUUCAACGAUGGACGGUCAAGAUCUCAUCGUGCAAUGGCAGCGACGGGGAAUGUCUAUCGGCAGUAGCCCCAUGACAAUUCGUCGAGGCGUGGCGAAACUGGAACAGACGUUAACGAUAAAGUCCACCGUCUACUACACGGCCGGGUCUCAGCAGUCCGUCAAGUUUCAAUCGAAGAAAUCGACCGUCGCCGUUCAGCUGUUAAAGUCCGUCGGUUUCGGAUAUGAGGCUGAGAUUGCAAGUCAUUCUGUUAAUCUCGCAAGCUUUUUGCCGUCAAAUCUUCGUCAGUUGACGGAAGGGGAACCGCAGACGUUAACGUUCAAACUUACCGGCCCGGCUGAGGGAGGCGUUUUAGUCGUGACGUUUGGGUAUGAGUUGAAUGUUGGCAAGAGAGAGCCGAUUGUCGCACGGGUGGAUACCAAGUCGUUUCGCCAGUUCGCCGCCAGCGUCGCAGACGCGUCGCUCGCUCCGAGCCUACCGUCGUUCAUGAGCAGUCCGCCUGACAGUCCGUCGUACAGCUCGUCGCACGGCGCCAGCCCGUCGCACAGCUUCUCUGGCGAGUUUUCGCCAAGCCAGCGCGAGAUGUCGCUGGGGUUACCAGAUUCGCCCAUGAGCCACGGGCGGAGUGCAAGUUUCGGAUAUGGCUUUAAAGUCAGCACCCCGAGCACUAUGCGACCGGUAAUUGAAGAGGAAUGCGAAGGCGUGGAGUCGAAAGACGAGCCUAGUUUCGACGAUGCGAAAAUGGAUGGAGACUUCGGCCGCGGCGGAAAUGGGGGGGAGUGGAGCGGGCUGGUGACACGAGGGGAAGGGGAGAACGGGGAGGAGGUAGGGGAGAAGGCAGAAGAGGAGGAGGAGCAGGUGAAGGAAGUGAUUGAAACGGAGGGUGAAAGUAGCGAAGGAGGGAAGCGGCUGGGUUCUGUGGUUGCCAUUGGGGAGGGGGGAGGAGGGACCUGGGAUGACAUAGGAACUCCGGAGGAAGGCGGGUGGAUGGCAGGAGGUAGGAGGAGCGAAACGGGCGAAGGUAGCGGUGAGAGGAUCGAGGAAGUCGAGAGGGAGAGUGUGGAGGGGACGGAGGAGGAAGUAGGUGAGGAAGGGAGUGAGGAGGAAGAGAGUGAGGAGGAAGAGAGUGAGGAGGAAGAGAGUGAGGAGGAAGAGAAUGUGGAAGUGAGUCAGGAGGGUAGGCCUCAUACCACCGGUGGCAUUUCGCGUAUGGCGGAAGCGAUUCUAGAGUUCGAGCGGACUCUAAGCGAACAGGAGAAGCAGCUCAUAGCGGAGAAAGAGGCGCGGGCGAAAGAGCAAGCGGCAGACGAUGCAGCUACCCGGUUACCAGUAGCAGCAGGAGCGGCAGUUACUGUUUUGGAGUCCCCGGCGUCCGUUCUCCUAACGGUGCUUGAUACGGGCAGUGACAGUGCCAGUAGCCUCAUGCUUGACGACACGGGCUCGGAUAGUAUGGAGAGGAGAGGAGAGAGGGAGAUGAGGGUUGGGAUUGAGCAGACCAAGGCAGAGGAGGCGGGGGUGGGGAAGGAAGGAGAGGAGGAAGAGGAGGAGGAAGUGACUAGUAAGUGGAGGGGUGGGGAGGGAGAGGAGGAAGAGGGGGCGAGAGAUUGUGCAGAGGUGAGGAGGAGUGAGGAAGAGGAGACUGAGGAGGAAGCUGACGAGGUGAAGAAGGAUGAAGAUGAAGAAGUGCGGGGGGAAGAGGAGGAGGAGGAGGAAGAGGAAGAGGAAGAGGAGGAGGAGGAGGAAGAGGAGGAGGAGGAGGAGAAGGAGGAAGAGGAAGAGGAAGAGGAGGAAGAGGAGGAGGAAACGGAGGAGGAGGAGGAUCUCGUGGCUCGCUGGACGAGAGAAGCGGAGCAGGAGGAGAGGAGGGCGGCGGAGCAGGAGAGGAGGAAGGCGGAGGUGGAGGAGAGGAGCAGGCGGAGGGCGAGGCGACUGCAGGAGGAGGAAGAGGAGGAGCUAAGGCGGCAGUUCCUGGGUAAGCGAACCCACUUCGCUGCCACCAAUGCCUCUGCUGCCUCUGCUGCCUGCGCUGUCAGCACGUGUAUUACCAAUGAUACCAAGGAAAUCUCUGCGACUGCUGCGUCCACGACCACUCCCGGUGCUGCUGUUGCUGCUGCUGCUGCUGCUGCUGCUGCUGCUGCUGCUGCUGCUGCUGCUGCUGCUGCUGGCGCUCCUGCAGAAACUGCGCUGGCUCUAGUCAGUAGAGCUGCUGCACCUGCGGGCGACUCUGAGGCUGACGACGAGCUUCCCAGGAAGCGCCCUGCGUGCACUCGAGGGGUGGGAGCAGCAGCAGCGGCUGCAGCGGAGGGAGGGUUCAGCAUGGGAACAGGGCUGGUGGCAGGUGGGCAUCAUAGCAGCCUGGUGGCAGGUGGGCGCCAUAGCAGCUUGGUGGCAGUAGGCGGCAGGCGGCGAGGGGGUAAAGUGGGCGGGAGAGGCGGGGCGGAAGGGGCGCUAACAGCAGGGGCUGCUGCUAGAGGUGAGAGCAGCAGUGCUCUUACCGUGGUUAGCACAAGUAGCAGCUGUACUGGCAGCAACAGCUGGGAGGGAGGUGUUGAGAGUCCAGUGGCGUGCGUUCCUCCGUGCAUUCUUGGGGACUUGCCGGCUGGCCGUCUUGUCUUCUCAGCCAUGCCUGACGCCACAACCGCCAAGCCUGCAAGUGACUGCGCCAUAGGCACUUUUGAGAGAUCUGCUGCUGCUGACAGAAAUAUCGCGACUUCCACAACCACCAGAAAUACCAGCACCAGCACCAGCACCAGCACCAGCAGCAGUACCAACGCCAGCACCAGCACCAGCACCAGCACCAGCACCAGCGCCAGCACCAGCACCAGCGCCAGCGCCGCUGGACUCAACUCUACUUCUGCUGCUUUAGCCCCGCGUGCGCCAUCCCCCCUCGCACCUCUUGCCUCCUCUCUGAUCUCUCCCGAUUCCAUUCCUCCCCCCAUCCCACACCCCACCACACUCCCAACCCCGCUCCCAAACCCAGCACCCACCCCCUCCUUCCCUUUCGCCUCCCCCUCCUUCCUCCCCUCCGGUCUCUCCCAGCUCAAAGCCACGGACCCUCUGCUUCUCGCGCUCCCAGAAUCCGACGCACCCCCGCCCUUACUGGACGGUAUGGGGUCGGCCAUAGCGUUGAAGGGGGGGGGGUUCUUGGCCUCCAUGUCUGGACGGCACUUCGGCGAGGGGGCCACGCGCCUGGUGAUGCAAUUCUCGCGCCCCAUGGUCAUUCCGUCGGAAUUAGCGUCCUCUGAGCUACCCUCUUCUUCCAGGCUGGCAUCUCUCCCUCCCUCCUCUCCUUCUGGUUCUUUGAUUUCUUCUGGAGGGAACGCCUCUUGCGCCGCUAAUGCCGCUGCUGCUGCGGCUGCGGCUGCUGACCCCUCCUCGGUGCUCCUGCUUCUGCAGCGGCUGGCUGCUGCCUCUGCUGCAGAUCCUUCCGCGCCUUCCCUCACAGACCAGGCCCUAGCGCUCAUGCCCCUCCCCGACAUCAGCGGAAAACCUCUGGAGCAGAUCGCGGCUGAGGGGCUCGUGUACCUCGAGGGAGGGCAGCGCUGGGAAGGGGGACUGGGAGGAGGUUUUGGAGGCGGUUUGGAUGGGUAUGAGGGAGGGAAACGGGGAGGAUACCUGGGAAACCUGGGGGGACACCUGGGGGGACACCUGGGGGGACACCUGGAGGGACACCUGGAGGGUGGUGGUUCUUUGGCGUCCUCUGCUCUGUCCGUGCGCCAGAACCAGGCAGUAGCAGCGCUGGCCCGUAUGCACCGCAGGGGGCAGGGGUCCCUCUUGCAGGGACGCGAGUCUGUGGGGAUGCUGGGGUAUGGAGGAGAAGAGCAGGGGGAAGGGGAGGCAGAGGAUGUGGAGAGGGAGGUGCAGCAGGCACUUGCCCUCAUGGGGAAGAGCGCGGGGCACAUGGUGCCUGGAAUGGCCAGAGGCAGGACCACGGGUACCGCUCUCAAGUCUUGUGCUGCUGGGACGCUGGGAGGCAGGACCACGGGUAACGCCCCUGCUGCUCUUGCACAAGGAUAUGAGCAGCAGGUUUGGGCGGGAGAGGGUGGAGUGGGGGGGGCAGGAGAGGAGGAGUAUGUGGGACUGGGCGAGCUGGGGGCGGUGGCAGUGGAGCAGAUAGAGGCGAUGCUGGUGGAGGGACUCAGAGUGCAGAACGACCAGAGCCACCUGCUGGCGCCAGGGGCCAUUGCUCUGGGGGAAUCGGCCCUGUCUGGUGGUUACCCUGCUGUUUACCCGACGGACAAAUCGAGGAGUAUCCAGAGCGACGGUGCUGGUUACCAGACUGCUAUCCAGGGUGGCAGUGGUUACCAGGGGACUGGUGGCUUCAGCAGAGGAGGCGGCCCCACAGGACUGUUAGGGGCGGCGCUGACAGUUGAAGAGUGGCAGCAGCUGGAUGCAGGGGUGUGGGAUGCGGUGGAGUCUGAUAGAGAUGCUCUGGAGGUGCUGCAAGCGCACUGCCAGGCGCAUGGGAUGGCGGGGUUGCUGGAGGGGGGUCAGGGGGUGAGCGUGGGAGGUGGGUUGGCGGGAAAGGGACGGAAAGAGAUGGUGCUACACGGUGCGGGUGGGUGCAGAGGCUUGGCCGUGGGAGGCUUGGAGGGCAAUGGCCGGCAAUUAUCUGGGGGAAUCGAUGGGCGAUUGGGAUUGGCAGCAAGCCAAGGGACGGGCGGAGGGGGUACGCUGAGUACCAGUGUUACAGGGGGUAUGCUGGGUAACAAUGUAACCGUGGCGAUGCUGGUGCAGCUGAGAGACCCCUUGCGGAACUUUGAGCCAGUGGGAGCACCGAUGAUGUCACUGCUGCAAGCAGAGAGAGCACCGGCUGCUGCUGCUGCUUCUACAAACACACCUGGUGGUCUGAGUGGUCCUCCCAGCGCUGCAACUAUUGGCGGCAUGGCCCCUGCUGUCAUUGCACACUCCUCCCAGCCUCAGCUGCUUGGGAAUCACCACCACCCUCACCUUCUGGAAAACUGCCAGGCUCAGGGCCUACUGGAGCACUCCGCCUCACCUGCUAUUUGUGGCUCUGCUACCCCUGGGUGUGCUACCCACACCAAUGAUUCCACAGCCCAGAUCUGCAUAGAGCAUGCUGCGUUUGAUGAAGCCGGCGCAGCAGAAUCCGCACUGCAGCCAUGGCUAGGAGGCGGCAGAGGAAGUGCCCUCCAGCACAGCAGCCAUUCUGCAUCCUCUGCUUCUCCGAUGUCUUCUGCUUCUCCCUCAUCUGCUGCCCCUCCCCCCACGCGCCCUGCCGCUGCCCCACCCCGUUUCAAGCUAACAGCAGUGCAUGUAGCGGGGCUCAAGGCGGAAGAAGCCCCAGGGAGAGGGUGGGGAUCUCAAAAGCAAGCACAGGCGGGGGGGAGAUGGCUGGCCGCAAAUGGCAUGGGGAAGAAACAGAAAGGGGGGGGAGGUGCGAGUCGGUUGUUUGGGAAGCACGCGAAGCCAGCCAAGGUGACUGUGCUGCCGGGGGACACGCUGUGGAGCCUGUCUCAGAAGGUACAUGGAAGCGGGAUGAAGUGGACCGAGGUGGUGAAGCUCAACCCGCAGAUAAGGAACCCGGACCUGAUCUUGCCCAGCCAGAAGAUCCGGAUGCGGUGAUGAGUGUGAGGGGACAAUGGAGGUGUAUGCAUGCAUACGUGUCCUGUCGGAGGGGACUGCGGUAUCCUGUCCACUUUUAAUCUGCAGAUAAGGAACCCUGACCUGAUCUUGCCCGGCCAGAAGAUCCGGAUGCGGCGAUGAGUGUGUUGGGCGGGCAGCUGCUGCUUCACUAGUUGUGGUGCAUAUUUUGUGGUCUUGUAACCAAGUGCGGUGGUGAUAGAAAUGAGCUGGGCAGUGUAAGCUGCUGGCACUCUUAGGUUGUGUGUGCAUGCAUGUGCUGUUUUCUUUGUUUCGACUCGCUGUCAGCACAGUUGAGUCUUGAGCCUGUUGUACGGUACAACCAACCUGGUGAGGUGUUAAGUUGAGUCAAUACCAAGAAGCGUGUGAGAAGCAUGGCGGCAGACUGACAGGUACGGUGACACGUGCGAUGCAGGUAAUGCAUGCAAGCAAGCCUGUUUGAAGGUACUGCUCACUAACUGCCCAUUACAGGACCACCCCACCACUCUGGGCCAUCACUUCGGGUGUGCUGUGCGUGUGCGCCAGGACAGCUGGCAGCUGGCAGCUGCCGGCCUACACUUCACACCAGUGCCUGGUGAAGCAGAGAU